GCAUACUUACCACACUUGCCUAUAAAUAUUUUUGCCUUGAACAAAUAGGUGCUUUUUGCAAUUUUGUGAAAAAUAUUAGAUACUACUAAAACUGAUAAAGGGUUAAGUGUUAAAAAGCAAUACAAAUUAUUUAACCAGCAUAAAAACAUAAACACCGCUUCAAGAAGUGAAUGAAGAAAUGCCAACUGGAAUUUUGUAUGUGUGCGUGUAUAGAAAGAAAAGAAAUAAGUUUUCAAAUCAAAAUAAGUGUAGUCGAAAAAUCGGAAAAAAAUUGUUAGUUGGAAGACUUUCUCGCUAACUAAUUAUUAUUAAUGUUGAAGACAUCAUUCUAAAAUCUAGCAAAACUUGUUGCAACCAUUUGACGCACAACGUGCAAUUGAAAGCGAAACAGUGAUUUCAGAGUUUCCUUUAAUUGAUGGAUGAGCGAGAUUCUCGUAAUGAUAAGCGCUGCUUUCUGAACUAAACAGUCAUUAUUAUUUUUCAUAACUUCUGUCAAGCAGGGUGAGUUUCAAAAUUCUAGGUUGCUUUAAUUGUACAUCUGUAUUUCACAUAGUAGUUAAAGAAAUUUUUGAAACUAGGCCAACGUGGAGAGCAGUAGAAAGAUCAUCUUGAAUGAUUUCGAUAUCUCUAGUCGAAACUUUUUUCCAAUUUUAAUAUCAAAAGGUCGCUAUUAUUUAUGGAGCACACAGGAACAACAAAUAUCAAAAGCUGAUCAAUCAACUAGGCAUAUCUUAUCGUCAACAGGUUUAUUCCAUUCCUUUAAACAAAUAAAAAAGAAUAGGAAUAGGAAAUAACAAAAAUGGAUAACAUGUUUCAAAGUUUAUUAAAAUGGCUGCAAACUUUGAAUCUCAGUGCUAGUUAUGCAAAUGCUGAAGACUUAUCUAACGGAGUUGCUCUAGCUCAAGCGCUUAAUUUAUUUGCCCCUGACGUUUUUACAGACUUAUGGUUGUCCAAAAUUAAAACUGAUACAGGAACGAAUUGGCGUUUAAAAAUGAGCAACAUUAAAAAAGUGAUAGAAGGUUUAUAUGAUUAUUAUGGUGACGUUCUGAAUUAUUCCCUAGCAGAAUAUCGGCGACCAGAUGCAAUGCGCAUAGCUGAAAUGUGCGAUAUUAAGGAAUUAGAACGCUUACUCCAGCUAGUGUUGGGUUGUGCAGUAAACUGUUCAUUGAAACAAGAUUAUAUUCGGCAAAUUAUGUGUCUAGAAGAAGACUUACAAGCUAAUAUAAUGCAAGCAUUGCAAGAGUUGGAAUCAACUUGGCAAGGGACAUCAAUGUGCCGUAAUUCCAUAAGCAUAGCUAAUUUUGACUACAAAAUAUUGCAGGAGGAACGCGAUCAAUUGGCGCAAAAAUGCUUUGAAACUGAAAAGAAGAUUGUACUUUUAGAGGAAGAGAAAGGUAAUUUGCGAGCAGAAGUUGCAAAACUACAAGAUGAUUUAAGGCGUCACGAAACCGUUUCAACGAUUGGAGAUGACGGCGUUUCCUUGGGGCCUGUACAAGUUGGAACUGUAAGAUAUAAUGACAUGCGCCGUCAACUAGGUAUUAUAAAAGAAGAAUUGUUGCAAUCCGAGACAAGCCGUGAAGAUUUACGCUUAAAAUGUCAGCAACAAGAAACUGAGUUACAGCUUUUACAGGCCCGUUUGGAAGAACUAAGUAAAACGACCGCCGAACUUGCACUAUUGAAGGACGAAGUUGACUUUUUAAGAGAAGCGAAUGAGAAGCUUAAAAUGUGUGAGGCGCAAAUAAAUGGUUACAAAAAGAAAUUGGAAGAUUAUAAUGACUUGAAAAAACAUUUGAAAUUGUUGGAGGAACGCAGCGCUGAUUAUGUCCAACAAAAUGUUCAAUUUGAAGAAGACGUAAAAAAGUGUGCAGCUAUUAAAGGGCAAGUUGAACUUUACAAGAAAGAGAUUCAGGAGUUGCACGUCAAAUUAGACCAAGAAAUGAGUAAAAAUGUAAAAGUUGAAUUUGAAAAUAAAAAUAUGGAAUGUACAAUAACUGCGCUAGAACGUAGCAAGGAUAAUUUGUUAAAAGAACGCGAUAAUCUACGUGAAAUAAUAGAUGAGCUUAAAUGUGGUCAGUUGUCUACUAAUAUAGACAGUGAAACACUCAAAACUAUGUCGAAAGAACUGCAGCCUACUGAUCUCUUACAAAAAUUGCAAAGAUUGGAAAUAGACAAUAAGAUAUUACGAGAAGGACAAGGUAGUCAUGCAGCUUUGGUGCAACUUUUGAAUGAUGCCAAUAAAAGAAAUGAAAACUUACGGGAACAGCUAAAAUCGGCUAACGAGAGAAAUCUGGCUAUUACACAUUCAUCUUUUAGCGUUGAUGCUAACAGCAAAUGUAAUGAGUUAGCUAAGCAACUUAAACAGCUCAUGGAACUCAAUGAACAAAAAGCCAUUCAUCUCGACGAAGCUUUAAAUCAAAAUGCCGUUCUUCAAACUAAGAUUUCUCAGUUAGAAAAUAGUCUUUCUGGUCGUGAACAAGAACUUGUAAUAUGUGAUACAAAAUUUAGAAAGUGCCUUGAAAAAGCAAAGGAAAUAAUAAAAAAUAUGGAUCCGCGCAGCGUUGCAGAUAUGAACAUUUUAGAACAGACGCAAAAUCUUGACGACUUCCAAAAAGCGAAACCUAGUAUGUUGGAGGAGAAUCUGAUGACAACGGCAUUUUAUAGGAUUUGUGUCAACGCUCAGAAAGAUGCUAUCGAUUCUAAACUAGCCCUUCUAAUGGGACAGCGACAUACGUUUUUAUCGCGGCAAAGGCAGUCGGCACCAAGAAGUGUAAGAGGAAAGUGAAAUUAAUAUACAUACAUAAAUAUUUAUCAAAGUAUUACUUAAAAAAGUAGCAAUUUACUAUUGAAAAUGGCCCCUGUACGGUAGUAAAUAUACACCAAAAAUAUUCGUAUUUCGUUAAAACAUAUUUUUCAGUUGUUAGUAAAUUAGUAAUUUCAAUCAUUAAAUAUAUCCAAGUAUUUAAAUUUCUUUAAUAAAUAAUUUUUUUGCUAUGCUGUAUCUCCCAAGCGUACUUAUUCAAAAGCGAGAAAACGGCAUUGUUAUAGAAAAAAUAGGAGUGGGAUGGGCUCGCGAGACGAAGUGGCUAAAAAUCAUGGCAAAGGCAGUUUUCCGAGUUUCAUCUGCUUUCAAUGCGAGAGGGAAUGCCAAAGUAUUACGAUCAUAUAAUAAUUUUUAAAACAACAAUGAAAACAACGAUGAAAGUAUUGUCGACUAUGCGAUUUUGAAAUUCGUAGUAAAUAAUGGUUCAG